AUGACACCAUCUCACCACCAGGUGGCGCCUUUGCUCCAGCUGGGUGCCCCAAAUAACACCCCCCAUGGGUGCUCCCCUUUUGCACAGGCGGAAGGGCAGAGGGCGCCUCUCUCGCCGGAUCCAAAGAGGGAUUUCCGAAAGAGGGAGGCGGGCGGGAGAAGGGGAAUCCCCGUCUCAGCCAGCCCACUUUCUCCCUCCUCACUCCCAGCUGCUGGCAGAUCAAUUCAAUUGAUCAGCCAGAUGAGGGAAACUCCACAACAACUGAGGGAGACUAAAUGGAAAUCGAUGGAGAUAAAGAGUGGGUUGGGGGGUGGAGGGGGAAAGCCCUCUUUAACAAAAACAAACACAAACACCAGCUAUCCCUCUCCAUUGCCGGAUUUGGUUUUUCCACCUCUGGCCGUGCUGCUGGUAGGUCCAACAAACCUCCCUUCCAGACGCUGGCUGGCCCCAGCGAAAGCGACGCUGCAGUUGAUGCACACUGAGAGUAGUGCAAGAACCACUCCGGGGAAGCCCUGUCUUAGCAUUCUGUCGGGCGCUGUUACACUAUGCAAGGGCGGCGAGUUCCGCAGAUCCACAAUAUGUGGCACCCUCCAGAUGGGGCUGCUGGAAUUGGUAGCCCCUGGGUUUGUGGGCGUGUUCCAGCUUGGGCGAGGCCACACUGCGUCCCCCUCCUCCUUCCUUUCUCUCUCCCCUCACCCCCAUCUCUACACCUGCCCCCUGCCGCUCUCCAUCGAACGGCCUUUGAGCUUUCAGCGUGAAUAA